GUUCAUUUAGGCUUUGUGGACACUUACGAAACUGAGCCCCCCCCCCACGGACCCUCCCACGCCUUCAUCUACUUCACAGCCUGAUUCCUCGGCGUGGGAAACACCGCCCGCGCGUUCGCUAGCAAGCGCCAUCCAUCCGAAGCGCGGGCACGGAGGCGGUGCCGUGCGCGCUCCCGUGCCAGAGUGCAGUGAGACACACCAGUAAGCGGAGAAGCACCUCAGGAGACAGCCAGGAGCUCCUUUGCCUUUUUUGUUUUGUUUUAUAUUUUUAUUCAUUCCGAUUUUGGACGUUCUCAACAGCGGACACUAUCGCCGGGCGUCGAUGCAGUGCCAUGUCGACAACAUCCUGGCGGAUGCCGAGGAGCUGCUCCCUUCGGCGGUUUAGACCAGCGGAGGACACCCGGCCGCAGCAGGGAGCUUGCGGAACCACGGCAUCAUGGAGGCUGGCUGCGUGGUUGCCGCGGUGAUCGAGAAUGCCGCCGCCUCACGGCCCCGGGGGGACCCGGAGAGUCGUCGCGUCCUUGAGGGAGACGCAACACCAUUCACUCAGCCGAACAAAGAUGAUGUCUUACCUCAAGCUCCCAGCAGCCCCAUAGAUGAGGGACAACCACGGGAGAUACAGGCGCGCAGUGAUGACAUCACAGCCGAGCCCCUCCUGCGCUCCUGCGUCAGCACGGCGAGCAUGAAGGUCAAGAACAUGAAGAAGUUGACCUUUCCCAAGGGUCACUUUCCCCGUCUGGCUGAAUGUGCGCACUUCCACUACGAGACUGCUGACUUUGGGAACGUUGAACUGGCCUUUGCAGAAGGACAGAGUGAAAUCCAAAAGGGGGCCCAGGACUCCAAAGAACUUCUCUUUCUGGUCCAGAUCACCUGCCAGGCUCGAAACUGGCUGGUGAAGAGAUCCUACGAGGACUUUCGUGUGCUGGACAAACAUUUGCACUUGUGCAUCUACGACCGCCGCUACUCACAACUCGCCGAGCUGCCCAAAUACGACCCGGCCAAGGACACGGCCCAGGCAGUAAACAAGAUGUUAGCCACCUACUUGUCCCGCUUCUCUGUCAUCGCCGACAACAAGAUCAAUUGUGGUCCGGUUCUGACAUGGAUGGAGAUUGACAACAAGGGGAACCAUAUGCUGGUGUCUGAGGAGGCGUCCAUCAACGUCCCCGCCAUCGCCGCCGCCCAUGUCACCAAACGCUACACAGCUCAGGCCACCGAUGAAUUGACCUUUGAGGUCGGGGACAUUGUUUCUGUCAUCGACAUGCCUCCAAAAGAGGACACAGGCUGGUGGAGAGGCAAACAUGGCUUUCAGGUUGGUUUCUUUCCGAGCGACUGCGUCGAGCUGAUAAACGACAAGCUUCCUCCCAGCGUUCAAAGCUCGGUUCCCAAACCAGUUUGUAAGAAGCACGGCAAGCUGGUUACCUUCCUGAGAUCUUUCAUGAAGUCACGGCCGCCGCCGCAGAAGCUUCGCCAGCGCGGCAUUCUCAGGGAGCGAGUGUUCGGCUGCGACUUGGGCGAACACCUCCACAGCUCCGAACACGAAGUCCCUCAGGUUGUGAAGAGUUGCGCCGAGUUCAUCGAAAAGCACGGCGUGGUGGACGGAAUUUACAGGCUGUCUGGAAUCUCCUCCAACAUCCAGAAACUCAGGCACGAGUUUGACUCGGAGCAGAUUCCCGACCUGGGCCGAGAUGUCUUUCGACAGGACAUCCAUUCGGUGGGCUCCCUCUGCAAGUUGUACUUCCGAGAGCUUCCUAACCCUCUGCUCACCUACCAGCUGUAUGACAGAUUCUCAGAGGCCGUGUCUGCAGCCACAGAUGAGGAGAGGCUGGUUAAAAUCCACAACGUCAUCCAGCAGCUGCCGCCUCCACAUUACAGGACGCUGGAGUACCUCAUGAGACACUUGUCCCAUCUGGCCACUUUUAGUUCCAGCACCAACAUGCACACGAAAAACUUGGCCAUCGUGUGGGCACCAAACUUGCUCAGGUCCAAACAAAUUGAGUCGGCCUGCUUCAGCGGCACGGCGGCCUUCAUGGAGGUGCGCAUCCAAUCGGUGGUGGUGGAGUUCAUCCUCAACAACACCGAGGCGCUCUUCAGCACCAAACUCAACGCUAUCAUUCGGGAAAGCGCCGGUAACAACACCUUAUCCAGACCCAAAUCUCUACUGGUCUGCUCGCCGUCCACCAAGCUGCUGUCUCUGGAGGAGGCUCAAGCGCGCACUCAGGCUCAGCUUAGCUCGCCAGCCACCACGCCCUCCCUCAGCCACAGCGACUACAUCGAGGUCGGGGAAGGGCCCGGGGCUCUGCUGGGCAAGUUCCACACGGUCAUUGAGCUCCCGCUGGAGAGUGUCAAGCGGGCUCCGAGCAAAGCCAAGAAGUCUCCUGUGGGCAACUGGCUGUCCUUCUUCCACCUGGGUAAGUCGCACUCCGUGUCCAAACGUAAGCUGAAGCGACACCCCAGCGAGCCCAACGAGAUAAAGAGCAUCGCACUGCCAGGCGGGAGGGGCGACAGCGGCACAUUGCGCUCGGCCAAAAGCGAGGAAUCGCUCACCUCGCUGCACAAUCUGGAAGGCGAUCCUCCAGAGUACCAGCAUCUCCGUCCCCGCUCAACCAGCGAGGCCGUGCCCGCGUCCGACCGAGAUGACGUGUUCAGAACCAGAAGCAAACCUCCGUCGAGUCAGAACGGCACCCAAGAAGCUUCGCCCCCCCUGCCGGAGGACGACAUCGAACUGGACCCGCCGGUGGCCGGAAUGUCCUCCCUGGACUUUGACCCCAUGUCCUUCCAGUGCAGCCUGGCUUCCGGGACUCCUCGGGCACCCCGCAACAGGGAGGGACUCAAAUUCAGGAGGGACGAGUCAGACGCCACAACUUCUCCAAACAACGUCAACAGCCCUGCGCAGCUCCGAAAAGCGGAGACGGCGGAUGCGAAAGAGCUCCGAGCGCCUUACGGACAUUGCAGCCCGCGCAGCUCGGCCAGUCAGGCGUCGGCGCUGACGGACUCCACGCAAACCCUGCCGGAUCCAGGAGCAGAUAGACUUAUGAGUUCAGUGUCUAUUCUCCCUCCUCACCCUUCCCCGACGAGCGCCGCACGCAAGCUGGCUCUGGCGCUGGCCGAGUCGGCGCAAAAGGCCAGCGGCGGCUCGCAGAGGAGAAGGAACCUCCCGGCUCGCCCUCUCCAGCGGCAGGAAGCUCAGGACAGGCCGACUCGGCCGUCGGCUCUGGAUCUCAAAAUGUGCCCGCAGCCGUACGCCGGCGCCUCCCAGUGGCAGACGCCCGCGCACCUCUACUCGCAAGCGGAGAGUAACUUCACGCCCAACGUCAGCCCGCUCGGCUCGGGCAGCCUGGACUCCCGGCACGGCGACGUCAUGCCGGAGGAGCCCACCUAUCAAAGCGUGGGCGUUUCCACUCCCACCGAGCCCGUCUUCUCCCCGCGCAGCCCCUUGACCUCCCCCGUCUACGCCAACGCCGACUCCAUCAACAUCUUUAACUUCCGCGCCGUCCUGGCCGAGACCUCCAUGCCCGCCUCCGUCGACGAAGUCCUCCCGCGAUCUUUCCAGUCUCCAUCAUUCCGCCGCUAUGCUUACAGAGCGCUCGGCCCGCUCGACGACGUCCAACGCAACCCGUGCCAUCGGCCCCCGCAUUCGUUUCACUCCGGACGACUCGCUCGCUGCCUUCGACCCGACGCUCUGCCCCGUCACCUCUCGGGACCGAGACACGUGUUCAGGCAGUCCUCGGAGAGCCGCUGCGCCGCCUCCGGGUUAGGACCACCCCUGUCGCCUCAGUACCAACGCUACUACCGAGACGAGCAACUUCCGGGCGCCGGCCAGCGACGGCAAAGCCACUGGCAGCGCUCCGAAGACGGCUUGGUUCUGCACCCCGCCAUCAGGCGGGCGCGCUCCUUCCACGCCCCGCAAAUCAGUCGCUACGAGCUGGCCGCCGACGUCCUGCCCCCUGAUUUUUAUCUUGAGCAGGAGGCGGCUUAUCAGAGGCUGCUCCAGCCCCACUUUGAGGACGUUCAGGUUCAACAAGUGCUGUACAACCCUUACCCGGAUUUGAACCCCAGCGACUACCGAGAUGCUUUAGAUCCUUUCCAACGUAACAGUAUCCGCCACGGUCAGCCUUACAGGACGCGGUCCACCAAGGAAAGAGCGCCGCCAGAGUUCUACUACUCCCCACGACACGGCCACCCUCCCGAAAGGGAACUUUUCAUGAACAGCGACGACUUGGUUGUUUACCAGACGCAGGAGAGUAAAGUAACGUCUCCCUACGACAGUCCGGUUUCCCCGGCUGGCUCGACGGGAAGAGAGAUCAUGCACAUAAGGAGUAAGUCGGAUCCGGGAAACGGUAUGCUGUCGGCCGCCAAAAGGGAAAGCCAAAGCGCCGUCAAGGCGACGUCGCCCUCCUUUCACCAGCCGCAUCGCGUCCUCGUCAACGAGAGCGCCUCGCAGCGUCGUCGCCAGGCGCCGCUUCGGAAAAUCCCCUCGCUGCCCGAGAGCGGCUUUGCCGAGCUGAGCGACAGAAGGCAAGCGGACCCUUUCAAGAACGCCCGAGCCGGCAUCCUCAGGAAGCCCGAGCGAUCGCAGAGCACCCGAGAGAAUCGCCAUCAUCACCGCCCCGCCAAAUCGCCGAUGGGUGCUGAACACGCCGGAUCCUUUUCCUCUCAGCCCAACAGAAGGACUCAGAGCGCCAAAGUGCGGCCCGUGCGCUACGACCACACGGCGGGGGGCUUUUACGCAGCGCCCCGGCCUAAAUUCACAAGAUCCACUCAAGCCGGGCCCGGGUAUUCGCCGGGCCUGGACACCACGGUGUCGACCGCCGCCGCCGUUCCGCACGCCGGCCACAGGCUGCUGUCCAAGGCUCUGGCUCAGGAUGCUUUUUAUCAGUCGGCAGUCAGGACACACUCCGGCGUCCGUGAGUGACACUCGCGGCUUUUUAUGUCCAUGCACAGUUGGGCCAAAGGAGAACAGCACUUUAUCCUCUGCCAGACCAUCCGACUGUUUUUUUAAGCCGUCCGUUGAACCUGCUGGAGCUGUACAAAGCUGCCGCUAGGGGGCGGGGGGGGCAUGCUGCUAGUGUCAUCUUUACCAAGAUUUUUUUUCAUUUAAACCAGGGCUGUGGAACCUAAGAAUCAAUCAUUUUUUUCCUAGGAGUCUAUACCUAAAAUAGUUUAUCUAAUUAAAACAACAACAAAAUAACAUCAGAGCAAAGGUUCCCCAGCUCUGCUUUAGCGUUUCAAUUUGACAAAAUGGCUGUCAUGUUUUAGUUGCUUACAACCCAAGGGAAGACAAGGUCAAUUUUAAUUAGUUGAGUACGCUGAAGAACGUGUACAGAUUUUUUUUUUUCUAGUGUGGUUCUGUAUGUUUUGCAGAAAAACACGCAGCUGACUAAAAACAUGGCCAAUGUACUGUGCAUGUCUCAUUGCAGUGCGCUCAAAACUGGAAGCACUUUGUAUGAAAACACAUUGUCUUAACAAUGCAUCGGCGUGACGUCUACUCCAAACCUCUCGAUAGAAACAUCUGAUAUAUUUUUCUGUGGAAACACAAAUGCUUGCUCGCUUGCUCGGAAUCGUCGCGGAAUGCAGAAAAAAAAGCGCACUUUUUAAAAACGGGAAUCGACCUCAUUGCGAUCGCUGACUUCGAUGUUUUAUGAAAUUAUGAAGCUACCGUAUAUACGCUCUCUACCUUCGAUUGACGCAGCGCCCCCUGUGAGAAAAAUCUAUUUUUGUCUAUUGAUGUUUUGUCACAUAAAUGGUGGAACUGUGACAUCAUUAUACUAAAGGUGUUUUACUCUUAAGUUAUGUAGAGGAUUUUAUUCUAAUAAGACAUGUUCAAUACAUUUCAUUUCUAGUGCUUGUCUUAAAAAAGAGAAUACAUAUAUGAUCAUCCAUUCCAAAUAAAUGAUCAUUGUUA